AUGGCAGAACAGAACCCCAUGAUGGUGCUCCAAGCGGACCUCUCUCGCUUCCGCAAGGCGACCCUCAACUCCGCGGUUAAGGACGCUGACAAGCUACUCGAUCUGCUCAUCCAGGCGAGGGAGCAAGUCGCCAAUGCAUCCGACCCGCACCGCGCAAGCUUGACCAUGACCAAGCUCCAGAACCCGGUCAACGCAGGCUUCGAAGCAAUAAAUAAUGACCUGAAAGAGGUUUCGAAAGCCCAGAAGAUCUUUGGCAAAGCCCUCGAUAAAUCUUUCCCUUCGCGACCUCUCCCCACAGACUACGAUGCUAUGGCUUCAUAUCCCUCGUUGAUAAAUCGUGCAGUUGCUAUGCACAUGCUGCGCGAGGGCCAAUUCAAUGUCGCUUCGACUUUCCUUCGCGAGGCCCAUGAACGCCCACCUACCGCCUCCCUGAACAACCCCCACGUCCUCGAGACCGAUAUCCACUCUCUUCAGUCCCAGGAGCUUCAAGACAAGUUCGCAAACAUGUACAGUAUUCUCCAUGAGCUCAAGAACCGCAAUCUCGUCCCGGCCAUCGAGUGGGCUCAGCUCAACAGCGAAGAGCUCGAGGCCCGCGGCUCCAACCUCGAGUUCGAGCUCAGCAAGCUACAAUUUGUCUGGCUCUUCAAGGGACCCGAAGUCAAUGGGCUUCCUGACGAUCCUGGUACCAACGGCCGCGCGGGCGCUCUCGCCUACGCCCAAGCCAACUUCGGCCGCUUCCAGGCCCGACAUCUCAAGGAGAUUCAGCAGCUCUCUUGUGCCAUGAUUUACGCCUCCAACAUCGGCCACUCACCCUAUUCCAACAUCUUUGAGACUUCAGCAGCAUUCGAUGACGUCGCUCUUUCGUUUACGCGAGAGUUCUGCUCUCUGCUGGGCCUGUCCGCCGAAUCGCCGCUCUACGUCGCCGCGACAGCUGGCGCCAUUGCACUGCCACAACUCAUAAAGUACACAACAUACAUGAAGGCGAAAAGGACUGAGUGGACGACGGAGAACGAGCUCGCUUUUGAGACGCCGUUGCCGCGCAGCAUGAUCUACCACCCUAUCUUCGUCUGUCCCGUGAGCAAGGAGCAGACAACGGAGCAGAAUCCGCCUAUGAUGCUCCCCUGUGGUCAUGUCAUCUGUAAAGAGUCACUGCACCGCCUCACUAAGAGCUCGCGUUUCAAGUGUCCGUACUGCCCCAACGAGGGUCACAUCAAAGAUGCCCGAGAGAUCAAGCUCUGA